UAUACUAUAUAUACAAAAUAUACUAUAUUUGUUUGCAUGCCAUAUACCCCGUAUGUAUGCAUGUACAUACAUAAAUAUAAAAUACAUUUCUUAGGUUUUUUACGAUCAUAUUGCUAUCAUAUACACAUUUAACAUUUCCCACACGCCAUGCAUUUACUAUUUUGUACAUAUUAGUUUUAAAUUCUAAUAGUUUCUUCUAAAAAUGUUGAAAAUCGCUUUAUGUUUCAUUCAACAAUUUAUUUAUGUAUAUAUGCCUGUGUAUCCAAAGCUUUUUAUUGUUGCCAUGGUCUUAGUCGUCAGCUCUUCCCAUGAGUACUCUAACAAAAUCCCAUGUACCCGGUGGCUCUGUCCUUAGGUCGAUUUCAGUUUCUAAAUGCAUUUUAUUACGUUUUUCAAGUAAAAAUACAUGUAUACGCAUAUGUAACUUUGUGGUAUGACUACGAAGCGAACAGAUAUUGUGCAUAACAGGCAGCGAGUAGAAAAUCGAGCAUAUAAGUACAUACAUCUAAAAUGCAAAACAAACAUGAAUUGUAUGUACAUAUGCACAUGGUAUGUACUAGUCGACAGACAGAGCAAACGACCAAACGACGACGACGACGACCCGCGGUACCACAGGCCGGGAGUGCUGGCAAAGGCAUAAGUAAAAGCAAUAGCAACAAACUGUAGCUGCGAUUAGUUGUAGAAAAGUGCUGGCUGUGUGUUACCGAGUCCGGUAUUUGUGUUGGGAUGGCAAUGGCGACGACCACAGCAGCGAUAUCUGCACUACUAUGGAACCAGAAUGCGGGGCGGCGAGGCAAUACCAUAAGCCUCCACCAAAAUGAAAUUCAUUUGUUUUGUAGGCCACAUCGCCGCUAUUUCUUGCCUGUACGGCUGCUAACUUUGUCUACUUAUUUGCCUUUACCAAUGUAUGCUUACUUUUUGUUAUAUCAAUUAUUUAAUGGUUUUUUUUUACAACUGUUUUUGCCGUUUCGUUCCAUCGCGACUGCUUUUUGACAAUUCUUUAUUUUCCACCUUCUUUUAUUGUUGUGUUGAAAUGUGGUGUUAUCGUUCGGCAGUGGUGUGUUACUUUUGUAUUUCCACAUUAAUUUACGUUUAUUUUAGAGCAAUUUUUAUAUAAUUUUUAAAGGAAUUCGGUUGCGACUAAAUGUAAUAUACAUUUAAUAAGUUAUUAUUUUAAGCUUAAGUUUAUGCAUUUACAUAGGUAGGCAGCAUUUCAUUUUAUUUUUUUGGACUACGCUAUAUUUGCUGUUUGCUUACACUUUUUGACGUUCUCUUUUGAGACCUAUUCUACUUUCAACACCACGUUUUGGGCCCCUUGCUCCAUAGAAAGAUUUCUUCGUUUCUCUUGUAUAAAGUAGAUUUCUUAAUUUAUUCAAUAAGAAAUAAGCUUCAAACUACUACAGGUUUUGCCGGUAAAACCGUGUGCCAAAGCUUUUUUUACACAAAUUAUGCGUCUAAAUAAAAUUAAAAGCAUUUCGUGGUCCAUCGCUGGAUCUUUAUAAGGAAAAGGCGUUGCUAAAAGCAGUUAUUUUACUGAAUAGAUUUAGAAUACAUUUUAAUUUUGGAAAAAAAUAUGUUGCCUGUUAUCAUGGAAAUCACUCAUGUUAUCGCUAAAGAUAAUUUUGUGUUUGCUAUAUGAUCGCCUUGCUGAAAAGAAUUGAAACCAAACUAGCGAAAUGAAUGUUUAUUGACUGAGUUUUUGGGCUGAUACGUUGUUGGGUAUUUGCCCUUUGAAAAUACACAAUGUACAGAAAUAAAUAUGUACACAACUACGGGAUUGUGGGGUAGUUCUCGUUCAUCUGUGCAUAUACUGAUUAUAUGCAUGUCUGUACAUAGCAUGUACAUAUGUACAUCUAUGCACAAUAAGCAUAAAGCACGAAGAGUAGAAGGGAAAAUGCAGAAGGAAGGUGGAUGGAUGCCGUGUUUUUAUGUUCUCCAACAUCUGUGUAGAAGUGUUCUGAAUUACAUAUUAAUACACAGUCAUAUGUACAUAGUAUAUUCGUACAUCGGCUUGCACACAUAGUACAAGGAAAAAAGGCACAUUCAGUAUAUGAAAUGAUGAAACAUUUCCAGGAAGGAUGAAUAAAACUUUCUUGUUGGAGUAAAGAGCAAACGAAGAAAUAAACAAGUCGUCUAACAAUAAAAUUCAUACACAGACGAAGAAAUACCGGCUUCGUAUUGAAACGACAGCUGCGGUGUUGUCGCAAUCCAAUCGACACAUGAGCAGUUUAAACGAAAUUAAAAGGAACUGGAUGAGUAGGUAAUCGCUAUGAGUUCUGAAGUGGUAAAGUUGCUCCUUAAGUGCGCGCAAAUGUUACCUGUGUCACAUCUCACAGCUUUGUUGUACAGCCGAAACACAAAGGAAGAAGAUCUACGCAAACUAAUCAAAUAUGAGGCAACGCUUGGCAUUAACAUUAAUCAAAACAACUAUUUUGAGAACCUCUUCAAGCGCACAACUGCCAGUUUUCGCGCCAAAGUUGGAAAGGAAAAUGUACGUUGCGAACGAGUUGUAAAGGAAAACUAUACACGUAAUCAUGAUCAACAUGUGCUGCGUCCGCUAAACCAAUUAGGCCAGCACCAACAAGCUGGUUCCAGAGCAGCAAUAACGAAAAAAGGACCACAAACUCAAACUGCUCACAGUAAUUCUAAUUCGCGCUCUGGAGCCACCACAGAGGAUGGUGGCGUAUUGCGAAGCAGCAACAAAAAUCAUCAAUCCCAACAACAUAAACCAGCGCACUCUGGGCCAUCUAGAAAUGCGCGCAAUUUGGAGAAUUUAUGCCGUGAGCAAGCUUGGCAAUCAGAUAAUCGCAUAGCUUUUGGUGAGUGCCCAGAAUCACGUGGAUCGCAACACGAAGCAGCAGAACGUGGUAGGACAAGAGUAUCGCAAACAAGAGCUUUAGUUAGAGAGCGUAGUCUGAAAAGAGUUCAGCCGGCAACAGGCUCAAAUGAGGUCAGAACAGGAAGAAACAAGGCGGCCAGCGGCGCAACGGCAAGAGAUGGUGGCAGCUCGCAACGUACACAAGCCGCGGUGGCAAUAGACGCAAGUCAUGGACGCGCACGCGCUAAGCAACCAAAUCACGAACGCGGUGCAACAGCACGAAGCCCGAGUGCUGGCAGCUCUGCCACAGCUCGGUCUGUGGGAGUUAUAAUACCACGACGUUGCACCACUACACGUCGCCGCCGUCCGCUCAGUACAGAUCCGGUCGCCUUAUAUCACUACUACCAGAGCGAAUGGAAUCAUUUCCGCGAACAAAUUCCCGGCGAGAGUUCACAUGCGGAUUUACGUUGGCUUAUACGUACGCGCCUAAUGGAUCCCAACUAAUGGACUAUGACGAACUUAAGGGACAAGAGAUAUAUAAAUACAUACAUACAUAUUGUAUGAUCGUAAACUCUAACUUAAGUAACGAACUAAACUUUAUGCUUUUUAGCUAUAAACUAAUUUUUUAUAGAUUUUUUUAAAACAGAUUGACUUGAUUGAAUAAAAAUUGAAUAUUUGUAACUUUUAAUUUCGCGCGUUAACUAUGGUGUAAAUAAUUGUUUUUCUGGCCUAAAAUAAUUUUUUACAUGUUUUAACACGAGUUUUUUCUUGCAGUAAAAUAUAGGCAAUGUAUCUUGGUUUUUUAUAGAAACGAGGAAAAAUUCAAUCAAGAGAGAGGAAACAAAAAGAUAUUUACAAUUUUGUUUCUGCAAAGGUUACUUUAGGCGUGCGCAGGCGU